GAGAGAGGUAGCCUAUCAUGUAACUACUAGCCACUUAAGAAGGCCAUCAAACAAGGUUUCUAGUUAAAUACGAACAAAUCCCUCUGAUUUGUUGAGUUUCUAAAUAGUUACUAGCUUAUGUGACAAGUUUCAAAGGGAUAAAAUUGCAAAAGGAACAAUGUUAACUUGCCCUAAAGAUGUUCUUCUCAAGUGUCCAAUAUGUAAGCAAACUAGAUCAACUCUAUCCGUGAUGAAGCUACAUAUAUUAUAUCACACAGGAGAGCGUCCCUUUAAAUGUUUGACAUGUGAAAAAGCCUUUUUCCAACAACACCAUGUAAAAAGACACGUGUUGAUACAUCUUGGGGAGUGUCAUUAUAAGUGCACUACAUGUGAAAAAUCGUAUUCAUCCAAAUGCGAUAUGAAGAUACAUACAUUAGUUCAUACAGGAGAGAGACCUUACAAGUGCUCUACAUGUGAAAAAUCGUUUCAAACCAAAGGCGCUAUGAAAAGACAUAUUACAAAAGUUCAUACAGGAGAGAGACCUUACAAAUGCUCUACAUGUGGAAAGUCCUUUUCUACUAACUCCUUUUUGAAGAGGCAUACAUUAGUUCAUACAGGAGAGAGACCUUACAAGUGCUCUACAUGUGAAAAAUCCUUUCAAACCAAAGGCGCUAUGAAAAGGCAUAUUACAAAAGUUCAUACAGGAGAGAGACCUUACAAAUGCUCUACAUGUGGAAAGUCCUUUUCUAGUAACUCCUUUUUGAAGACACAUACAUUAGUUCAUACAGGAGAGAGACCUUACAAGUGCAGUUCAUGUGGGAAAUCAUUUAAAACCAAAGGUGAAAUGAAAAGACAUUCAUUGGUUCAUACAGAAGAGAGGCCGUAUAAUUGCAAUUCAUGUGAACAAUCCUUUGCGUCUAAAACUGCCAUGAAGAGACAUACAUUGAUUCAUACAGGAGAGAGACCUUACAAGUGCUCUACAUGUGAAAAAUCCUUCAUAAGAAAAUACUGUAUGCAAAAACAUAUUGCAAUGGUUCAUGCAGAAGAGAAACCCUAUAAGUGCAAUACUUGUGAACUAUCUUUUGCAUCCAAAGACAAUAUGAAGAGACAUUCAUUGCUGCAUACAGAAGAGUUUAAGUGCAAUACAUGUGAAAAAUCUUUUGCAUCCAAAGACAAUAUGAAGAGACAUACAUUGCUUCAUACGGGAGAGAGACCUUACAAGUGCACUUCAUGCGGGAAAUCAUUCAAAACCAAAGGUGAAAUGAAAAGUCAUUCAUUGGUUCAUACAGAAGAGAGACCUUACAAGUGCAGUUCAUGUGGGAAAUCAUUCAAAACCAAACGUGAAAUGAAAAGACAUUCAUUGGUUCAUACAGAAGAGAGGCCGUAUAAUUGCAAUUCAUGUGAACAAUCCUUUGCGUCUAAAACUGCCAUGAAGAGACAUACAUUGAUUCAUACAGGAGAGAGACCUUACAAGUGCUCUACAUGUGAAAAAUCCUUCACAAGAAAAUGCUAUAUGAAAAAACAUAUUGCAAUGGUUCAUACAGAAGAGAAACCCUAUUAGUGCAAUACUUGUGAACUAUCUUUUGCAUCCAAAGACAAUAUGAAGAGACAUUCAUUGCUGCAUACAGAAGAGGGAUCCUAUAAGUGCAAAACAUUUGAAAAAUCUUCUGCAUCCAAAGACAAUAUGAUGAGACUUACGUUGGUUCAUACAGGAGAUAUACCUUAUAAGAGCUCUACAUGUGAAAAAUCCUUUAUAACCAGAAGCGAAAUGAAGAAACAUCCAUUGGUUCAUACUAUGAGUAUGAUUGCAAUUCAUAUGAACAAUCCUUUGCGUCUAAAACUGCCAUGAAGAGACAUACAUUGGUGCAUACAGGAGAGAGACCUUACAAGUGCUCUACAUGUGAAAAAUCCUUCACAAGAAAAUACUAUAUGCAAAAACAUAUUGCAAUGGUUCAUGCAGAAGAGAAACCCUAUAACCCCUAUACCCUAAACCCUAUAUACUUGUGAACUAUCUUUUGCAUCCAAAGACAAUAUUAAGAGACAUACAUUGCUGCAUACAGAAGAGGGAUCCUAUGAGUGCAAAACAUUUGAAAAAUCUGCAUCCAAAGACAAUAUUAUGAGACAUACCUUGGUUCUUACAGGAGCGACACCAAGUGUAUUAAAUGUGGAUGCAUCAAAAGACAAUAUGAAGACACCAACAUAACGGCGAAAGACCUUACAAGUGUCUAUGUAAAAAUCCUUUAAAUCCAAAAAGCGAA